GGAAAUAAUUUGUCAGUAAAAAUUGACCAACUAUUUAGCUGGCUAGUUAUCUAGAAAUAAAAUUACAAAAAGUUUAGAACUAGCUAACUGAUUACUUGCCAGGCGAAUGCCCUUGUAAAGUUGGAAGCUAUUCUUACGUGAAAAUGGCAUCAACGGGAAGAAAACAGAGCAAGAAGACCAAGCAGACAGAAGAUUCCACAGAUCUGCGUGCUUUUGACUUUAAUAUACGGGAGGAAAAGAAAGGACUUUGCGGUUCUGAUGAGGAAACUGGAGAAGAAACUUCUGCUGUUGACAAGUUAGCAAAGAAAAGAUCUGCAAGUUCAUUUGAGGAAGAUGACCUGAGUGCAGGUGUGGGCAGUGAAGUUCAGACAAUGUUGGAAAGGUUUGGAGCUGACAUCAGCAAAGCAAUGCAAGCCAAGAAGAAACGCUUAGAAACUUUCACCAAAAGCUCUCUGAAAGGUAGCAGCCUGAAAUUAGAGCAGCUGUGGAAAACACAGCAUAACCAGAGGCAGAAGCUGACACACGAGUACUCCCAGCAGGUGUUCUCAGUGCUGCAGCAAUGGGAGAGUGAUGUUCAGAAGUCUGAGGAGCAAGAGGAGAAACUGAAUAACUUGUUUAGACAGCAGCAAAAGCUCUUUCAACAAGCUCGAGUUGUGCAAAGCCAAAAACUGAAAACCAUUAAGGAGCUGUAUGAGCAGUUUAUCAAGAAGAUGGAAGAAAUGGAGAAGAGCCAUGAGGCUUUCCUACAGGGAGCACAGAUGGAGCUGAAAAAGGAGAUGGCCCUGCUGCAGAAAAAGAUAAUGAUGGACACACAACAACAGGAGAUGGCCACUGUACGGAAGUCCCUCCAGUCCAUGCUCUUUGAAGUGUAGGUGACACUGGACAGUCCAAUGAUCUGCAAUACCUUUAAUGCUCAUCCUGUCCCGCAUUGUUUAUAACAGUUAGUAUAACAGACAAGGACAUUUGUUUGGAGAGAGGCAAACGACUUUAUAGUGUUCCUAUUUAUUAAAAUUCUGUAUAUAGUCCAUGUCAUCUUCGA